AUGGUUGCCACUGCUGUUGCUGCAGUGGAAGAUGACUCCAGUACAGAUGAAGCAGAAGUUGCACCGCUUGACCCAGAAACCAUUGCCUUUUUGAAAACCUGCAGUGCCAGCGUCUUGUCCCAGCAACUGUUGGACCAUCGAUUUUCCAAUCGCCAUUCGGAAGCUUCGACCUUUCUCAAGGAGACCUACCGACAUGCCGAACAAGCCGCACUCCAAGUAGCCAUGACCCAACCGAUGGAUGAUUCUUUCGACUGUGACAACAAUGACAGCGACAACAACAACAACAACAAAAACAAGAACAACAACACUUCUUCACAAAUGUUACUGUCCGAACCCUUGGACACUUCCUUGUUGACACCAAGGAUGGGCCGCGUUCAAAUUCAGCUUUCGGCCAAUGGUUUGUUGGCGACUCGUCUCAAAAUUUCCAAUGUCAGUCAACAACCAUCGGUGCAUCUAAAGCCCGGCCAAGUCAGCCAUUUGAUUGUCUUUCCCAAACCCGAAGAUUGCAAGCUCAUCAAGUCAGGCAUUGGCAGCAAAAAUUCGUCCAAAGUAAAGGGACACGUCGUCCUAUUGAAAUUGAAAGCUCCCAUAUUAUUUCAAGGAAAGGAGAUGGAUCACUUUUGUUUCUCCCUGCCAUGGGACAAGAAGGAGGGAUGCACAGGACCCAAGCUUGCUGAUCUAGAUGACGAAGAGGAGGAUGACGAGGAGGAAGAUGAUGACGAGGAAGAAGUUGAAUAUGGUAAUGGAAACCAGAGUAUUACUCCUACACCCGCGUGGAAAAUGGCAACCGAUGGUUGGCGAAAAGUGUUGACCCAAGCCCUGCAAAAACCUGCUGCUACUACUGUUCCUGGUGACGCCAACACCAAAAUGUCAAUGAAGGUAGUCCAAGUCCGAGUGAAUUGUACCGCCUUUUACAGUCACAUUGACAUUGGGACUUCCACAACCACGAGUGGCAUGCCCUUUGUCAGCUGCAAUCGGGGAGUCCAAGAUGGUGUCUUGUAUCCAUUGAAACAAGGAUUGUUGUUUUUCAAACCUCCCAGAUUCCUUCCCGUCGAGGACAUGCAACGAGUCAUGUUUGGUCGAGGAGCCUCGGCAGGACAAUCCUCGAGUCGAUAUAUCGAUUUGGCCAUUAUGCUGCGUCCCAGGGAACAGGCAGAAGACGAAAAUGGCAACGAGCAGAACAGUAACAAUAAAAAGGCCACCAAUAGUGCAAUGGUUCCAAAGGGUGAGAUUGAAGAAUUUUCCAAUAUUCCUUGCCAAGAAGAAAAGGCACUUGAUGACUACAAAAAAGAAUACAUCGUUCCAUAUUUGCAAAAGAGUACUAGUGGUACAGCGGAAAAUAACGGUGACGUCGAGGACGAUGAUGAAAUCGAGGUGCAGGCCGAAGCGGUGGACACGGACGACGAUACCGAUCAAGGAGACGAAGAUUUUCACGAAAACGACACAUCGUCCGAAGGAGAAGGCGACCGCGACGAGACUGAUGACGAGGAGGGGGGCAUUCCAGUUGUUAGGGAUGAGUGGCUGGAAGAAUUGAGAAAAAUACCUGAAGAAAAAAAGCGAAAGAUGAUGGACGAGGACGACAGCGAUAGUGAGACUCAUGGAACUGAUGGAAGUGACGAGGAUGAUUCGCCCAAGCGGAAAAAGAUACGCAAGUCCAAAAGACUCGCAAGUCCAAAGACCAAAGAAGAAUCCUACCUCUUUGAUUGA